CCAUUUCACUCUGUCUCCAUGUCUCGUACCUCCGUUUCUUCCUCCAUUGACGUUGCUGUCAUUCAGGUCCUUCUCAGUGGCGGGAGCUCGCUCUAGCUUUGCAGCUUAAAAAAAUUCGGACGGGAAAUGGCGCUGAAUUGAGGUGUUUUGCUGAAGAAUGAGGCUUCGGCGCUAGUCAGAAGGAGGCAAUUCUUCGGCAUUUGCAUUUUUGCGAGGGAAACUAAACCGGCCGAAGAAAUGGAUGAUCCAGAAUCUACAAUGACUACAGUUGCUAAUUUUGUUGAGCAACUGCAUGCCAACUUGUCAUCACCACUUGAGAAGGAAUUUAUCACAGCACGUUUGCUAGGCAUUGCCAGGGCAAGAAAGGAUGCAAGAACACUUAUUGGUUCUCACGCCCAAGCAAUGCCAUUGUUCAUAAGCAUUCUCAGAAAUGGAACCUCUCUGGCAAAAGUUAAUGUUGCUGCCACUCUCAGUAUCCUGUGCAAAGAUGAGGAUUUGAGGUUAAAAGUGCUUCUUGGUGGUUGUAUCCCACCUUUACUGUCACUUUUGAAGUCUGAAACCACAGAGGCAAGGAAGGCUGCAGCUGAAGCAAUAUAUGAAGUUUCCUCUGGUGGUCUUUCAGAUGAUCAUGUUGGCAUGAAAAUUUUUGUCACAGAGGGUGUAGUUCCAACUUUAUGGGAUCAACUAAAUCCAAAAAGCAAGCAAGACAAAGUUGUGGAGGGUUUCAUCACUGGGGCAUUGAGAAAUCUGUGUGGUGACAAAGACAGAUACUGGAAAGCAACAUUGGAAGCUGGGAGUGUGGAUAUUAUUGUGGGUCUUUUGUCUUCAAGCAAUGCUGUUGCUCAGUCAAAUGCAGCUUCUCUGCUAGCACGACUGGUGCUGGUUUUCAGUGAUAGCAUCCCCAAAGUAAUAGAAUCUGGCGCAGUCAAUGCUUUACUUCGGCUUGUUGGUCAGGAAAAUGAUAUUUCUGUCCGUGCAAGUGCUGCUGAUGCUCUAGAGGCCCUUUCAUCAAAGUCAACUAUGGCAAAGAAAGCCAUUAUCAGUGCAGAUGGUGUUCCAAUUCUUAUUGGGGCUAUAAUUGCUCCUUCUAAAGAGUGUAUGCAGGGAAACGGCCAGGAACUGCAGGAGCAUGCAACGCAAGCUUUGGCAAAUAUUUGUGGUGGCAUGUCAUCUUUAAUACUAUAUCUUGGAGAACUCUCCCAAUCUCCUCGCCUAGCUGCACCAGUUGGUGAUAUAAUUGGAGCUCUUGCUUAUACACUGAUGGUGUUUGAGGAUAAACAUGAUGUUGAUGGGAAGCCUUUUGAUGCAACUCAAAUAGAGGAUAUUCUAGUGGGACUAUUAAAGCCUCGAGAUAACAAGCUGAUUCAAGAGCGAGUAUUAGAGGCCAUGGCUAGUCUAUAUGGAAACAUCUAUCUCUCGAAAUGGCUCGAGCAUGCAGAUUCAAAAAAGUUUCUUAUUGGACUCAUUACUAUGGCUGCUGCUGAUGUGCAGGACUAUCUUAUACUCUCCUUGACAAGCUUAUGUUGUGACAAGGUAGGAAUAUGGGAGGCCAUAAACAGAAGAGAAGGCAUCCAGUUACUUAUCGCAAUGCUGGGACUGUCCGGUGAGCAGCAUCAAGAGUAUGCAGUUCAGUUGCUAUCAACUUUAAUUCACCAGAUUGAUGACAGCAAAUGGGCAAUCACUGCGGCCGGAGGAAUUCCUCAAUUGGUUCAGUUAUUAGAGACAGGAUCGCAGAAGGCUAGAGAGGAUGCUGCUCAUAUUCUGUGGAACCUGUGCAGUCACAGUGAAGAUAUUCGUGCAUGUGUUGAAAGUGCAGGGGCCAUACCGUCAUUCUUAUGGCUUUUAAAGAUUGGUGGACCUAGAGGACAAGAGGCUUCUGCCAAAGCACUUAUUAAGCUUGUGCGAAUAGCUGAUUCUGCUACCAUUAAUCAAUUGUUGGCAUUGCUUCUUGGGGACACUCCAGGCUCAAAGGUCCAUAUAAUUCUUGUCUUAGGUCAUGUACUUACUAUGGCUUCACAGAUGGACCUCCUUCAGAAGAGUUCUGCAGCUAAUAAGGGGUUGAGAACUCUUGUUCAGGUUCUCAACUUAUCAGAUGAGGAAACCCAGCAACAUGUGGCUUCUGUCCUAGCUGAUUUGUUCAGUGCAAGACAAGACAUUUGUGAUAGCCUCCUUGCCACUGAUGAAAUUGUGCGUCCUUGCAUGAAGCUUUUGACCAGCAAAAAUCAAGUAGUUGCAACUCAAUCAGCUCGAGCAUUGGGUGCUCUGUCUCGUCCAACACACAGUGGAUCUGCCAAUAAGAUGCCUUAUAUUGGAGAGGAGGAUGUCAAGCCACUAAUUAAAUUGGCUAAAACUUCCUCCAUUGAUGCUGCUGAAACUGCAGUUGCUGCACUGGCCAAUCUUCUCUUUGAUACAUCUAUUGCUGCUGAAGCUUUGGCAGGAGAUCUUGUUUCAUCUUUAACAAGAGUUCUGGCAGAAGGAUCUUUGGAAGGCAAACAAAAUGUAUCACGCGCACUUCAUCAGUUACUGAAACAUUUUCCUGUUGGUGAUGUUCUGAAGGGAGAUGCUCAGUACCGUUUCACUAUUCUUGCACUUCUUGGUUCCUUGAGUGCUAUGGAUAUGAAUGGAACUGAUGCUGCUGAGGCUUUGGAAGUAGUUGCACUGCUUUCCCGGAAAAAACAGGACGACAAUUUCACUUGCACUCUGUGGUCUGCAUUUGCAGAAACACCAUCCAAUUUAGAACCUCUUGUACGCUGCCUGGCUGAGGGGCCUCCCCAAGUGCAGGAUAAAGCAAUUGAAAUUCUGUCUAGACUGUGUGGUGAUCAAUUAGUUGUUCUUGGGGAUUUGUUGGCUGCCAUGUCUAGAUCCAUUAUUUCAUUAGCUGAUAGAAUGAUGAACUCCUCCAGUUUAGAAGUUAAAGUUGGAGGAGCUUCCUUACUCAUUUGUGCUGCAAAGGAGCAUAAAGAGCUGUCAAUGGAUGUACUUGACACUUCUGGGGACCUAAAACCAUUAAUAUAUGCUUUAGUAGAUAUGCUGAAACAGAACUCUAGCUGUUCAUUAGAGGUUGAAGGGAAAACUUCUAGAAAUUUUAUGGUGAAGAGUGCAUUUCAGGAAGUUGAUCUCGAUAUUCCUGAUCUGGCCAAAGUCUCAGGUGUUACUGUUGCCUUGUGGUUACUCUCAAUCAUUGCUUCUUCCAAUACAAAGAACAAACUCACAAUUGUGGAAGCUAGUGGACUUGAGUCUCUCUCUGAAAAGCUUGCAAACCAUACUUCCAAUCCGCAGGCUGAAAUUGAGGAUGCAGAAGGAAUAUGGAUAAGCGCCUUGCUCCUGGCCAUUUUGUUUCAAGAUGGAAAUGUUGUUCUAUCUCCAGUAACAAUGCAUAUUUUACCUUCUCUCUCUCAUUUACUGCAGUCUGAAGAAAUGGCAUAUAAAUAUUUUUCUGCCCAGGCUAUGGCUAGUCUUGUUUGUAAUGGUAAUAAGGGAAUAGCUCUUGCUGUUGCAAACUCUGGUGCCGUUGCCAGAUUGAUUUCUGUGAUUGGCUAUUUAGAGUCAGAUAUACUAAACACUGUUGCUUUAUCAGAUGAUUUUUCACUGGUGAGAAAUCCUGAUCAAGUAGUUUUGAAUCACCUUUUUGAAAUUGAAGAUAUAAGAUUGGGGUCUACUGCACGGAAAUCUAUACCUCUCUUGGUGGAUCUAUUGAGACCAAUUCCAGAAAGGCCUAGUGCUCCACCAGUUGCUGUUAAAAUCUUGACAUGCAUUGCAGAUGGAAGUGAUACAAACAAAACAAUUAUGGCUGAAGCAGGCGCUUUGGAAGCUUUAACAAAAUACCUGUCUUUGAGCCCUCAGGACUCAACUGAGGCCAGCAUUUCGGAGCUAUUAAGAAUACUAUUUUGCAAUUCUGACCUUAUUAAACAUGAAGCAUCAGCAAGUUCCCUGAACCAACUCAUUGCUGUUUUGCGUCUUGGAUCAAGAAAUGCUAGAUAUAGUGCAGCAAGAGCACUUUAUGAACUUUUUGAUGCCGAGAGUAUUAGAAACUCAGAAUUAGCUAAACAGGCCAUUCAGCCUUUGGUUGACAUGCUUAAUACAGCAUCAGGUAGCGAGCAGGAGGCUGCUCUAACUGCAUUAAUCAAAUUAACAUCUGGGAAUUCUCCAAAAGCAUCUAUUUUUGCUGAUGUAGAAGGGAACCCACUUCAGAGUUUAUACCAGAUAUUGUCCUCCGCUUCAUCCUUGGAACUGAAGAGCAAUGCCGCACAACUCUGCUUUGUCCUUUUUGCUAGCAGGAAGAUUAGAUCUGAUCCGCUUGCCUCAGAAUUCAUAGAACCCCUUGUUUCACUGAUGCAGUCUGGUUCUGAUCUGGCAAUAGAAGCUGGGGUUUUUGCUUUUGAGAGAUUAUUGGAAGAUGAACAACAUGCGGAGCUUGCAGUAGCCUACAAUGUUGUGAAUCUCCUUGUUAGUUUGGUUGUGGGUUCCAACUAUCAGCUGAUUGAGGCCACCAUAUCUGCUCUCAUCAAACUUGGCAAAGAUAGGACGCCAUGCAAACUAGACAUGGUUAAAGCUGGCAUUCUUGACAAUUGUCUGAAGUUACUUGAAUUUGCACCUAGCUCACUGUGCUCCACAAUCGCUGAACUAUUCCGCAUUUUAACAAAUAGUAGUGCAAUUGCUAGAAGUUCAGCAGCUGCAGAAAUUGUAGAACCCCUUUUUCAAGUUCUGCUCCGUCUAGAUUUUGACUUGUGGGGACAGCAUAGUGCCUUACAAGCACUUGUAAAUAUAUUGGAGAAGCCACAAAGUCUUGCAACCUUAAAACUAACUCCUAGCCAAGUUAUUGAGCCCUUAAUCUCUUUCCUGGAAUCCCCAUCCCAGGCCAUUCAGCAACUUGGCACUGAACUGUUGUCUCAUCUUCUUGCACAGGAACAUUUUCAGAAAGAUAUUAAAACAAAGAAUGCUGUAGUUCCUCUUGUUCAACUUGCAGGAAUUGGAAUACUGAACUUACAGCAAACAGCAAUAAAAGCAUUGGAGAAAAUAUCCAAAAGAUGGCCAAAAGCAGUUGCUGAUGCAGGAGGCAUUUUUGAGCUUGCAAAAGUUAUUAUUCAAGAUGAUCCUCAGCCACCACAUGCACUCUGGGAAUCAGCUGCUUUGGUUCUUUCUAAUGUGCUAUGCUCCAAUGCUGAUUAUUAUUUUAAAGUUCCUGUGGUAGUUCUUGUGAAACUUCUGCACUCAACAGUUGAGAAUACCAUUAGUGUAGCACUGAAUGGCCUAAUGAUUCAUGAAAGAAGCGAUGCUUCAAGCGCUGAACAGAUGAUGGAAGCUGAAGCUAUAGAUGUUCUGUUAGACCUUUUAAGAUCUCAUCAAUGUGAAGAAGCAUCUGGGAAAUUACUUGAAGCUUUAUUCAACAAUGUGAAAAUAAGAGAGAUGAAGGCAUCUAAGUAUGCAAUAGCACCGUUAUCUCAGUUUCUGUUGGAUCCGCAGACCAGAUCACCGUCUAGCAAGCUUCUUGUUGCUUUAGCUUUGGGAAAUAUUUCCCAGCAUGAAGGACAUGCUAGAGCUAGUGGUUCUGUUUCUGCUUGUCGUGCAUUGGUAAGUUUACUUGAGGACCAGCCAACGGAAGAAAUGGUGAUGGUUGCUAUUUGUGUGCUGCAAAACUUCGUCAUGAACAGCAGGACUAAUAGGCGAGCUGUUGCAGAAGCUGGUGGUAUACUGGUCAUUCAGGAAUUACUGCUGUCUCCAAACCUAGAAAUUGCAGGACAAGCGCUGCUGAUCCGUUUUUUAUUUUCUACUCACACACUACAAGAAUAUGUGUCAAAUGAGCUGAUCAGAUCUCUGACAGCUGCACUGGAAAGAGAGUUGUGGUCAACAGCCACAAUCAAUGAAGAGGUUUUGAAAACUCUGCAUGUCAUAUUCACAAACUUCCCUAAGCUCCAUGUGUCUGAAGCAGCAACUCUAUGCAUUCCUCAUUUGGUAGGAGCUCUCAAAUCUGGUAGUGAAGUGGCUCAAGACUCUGUACUAGACACCUUGUGCUUGCUAAGACAUUCUUGGUCAACCAUGUCAAUAGAUGUAGCAAAGUCUCAGGCUAUGAUCGCUGCUGAAGCCAUUCCCAUCCUGCAAAUGCUCAUGAAAACCUGCCCCCCAAAUUUCCACGAGAGAGCAGAUAGUCUUCUGCAUUGCUUACCAGGUUGUUUGACAGUCACCAUUAAACGUGGAAACAACCUCAAGCAAGCUAUGGGAAGUACAAAUGCAUAUUGCCAGUUAACAAUAGGCAAUGGUCCUCCCAAACAAACCAAGGUUGUAAGUCACAGUAUUUCGCCAGAAUGGAAGGAAGGAUUCACAUGGGCGUUUGAUGUGCCUCCAAAGGGCCAGAAGUUGUACAUCAUAUGCAAAAGCAAAAAUACUUUUGGCAAGGCAACACUUGGAAGAGUUACCAUACAAAUUGAUAAAGUAGUAAACGAGGGAGUUUACAGUGGAAUAUUCAGUCUUAAUCACGACAGAAACAAAGAUGGUUCUUCCCGAACUCUUGAAAUUGAGAUUAUAUGGUCCAACAGGAUCUCUGAUGAUGACCUUUGAAUCUUGACUCAGGCUGCAGCUCUGAAGGGAUUAGUGAAAUUUGUUUUUUGCUGGUAAUAUGUUGUCAUAUGUUGGAGGUCCAGUUUUGCAGUCUGGCAGAUCAGGUUGCUUAAGUUGCAAGUGUAAAUUAGUCUUGACAGUUUUUCAGAGGCGAAAGUUUGGAAAGGAGGCUAUCCCACGAAGUGGGAAUAUAAAGAUGGUUAAAUUGUACAGGUCCCUCAGUCAAUAGGAAUUAGCUGCAUAAAGCAGAGGAAGAAAUCUCAUUAUAAGUUAAAAAUGAUAUCAAAGGCGUUACUUUUUUUCCCCCAAAACCAUCAGGUGGCUACUUUUUAUGCUUGGAGCCAGGGUAUGGUAAAACGCUAUGAUCAGAUAUGCCAUUUUCCCUGUAUCACGAACAAGCUCUCUUUUGACAUGUUUACUCAUUCACAUUCUCAACA